GUUCCCUAGAAUAGAGUUCCCCUAAGCGCCAUAGCAAAACGUUCCCAUGCAAAAAAAGAAAGCCUAUUUUUCCUACUUGCUUAAGCCUGAGAUUAGAUUUAAAACUGACUUCUACUAGACAAGCUUAUUUCCAGAAAUCAACAACAUACCGAUUGCGCCGGAACAGCAAAUUUAUUCCAACAUUGUUUUUUUUACCUUUUCCACUGCCGGAAGACUUUAAGGGAAACGCCGAGGCCAAAUGGCUGCCUUUUCUAUGCGGGGCUGUUUUUCCCCUCUCUUUUAAUUCCAUAUUUCCAGGACGGAUAAUCUCUUUGUGUUCCUCGAUGAGCGCACCAAGAUGACACACUGAUAAACCAGUCCCGGACUGGAAACCAGCACAGUUGGACCUGUCCAUCAAUAGCUCAGAAUGGCCAGCUUCCUACUCUGAACCAAGGAUACAUGUGCCAUGUCCAAGAUGUUUAGUGUGACUCAGACUUCCAAGUCCCAGUUCCUGGACAAGGCCAGGCAGGCUCGUGAAGAAAGAAAGGGCCACAAGGAGCGGGAAAGAGCUGCCAUAAUGAUCCAGGCCCUUGUCCGACGGUACCUCUGUCGUUGUAAGCUUCACAAGGAAAUAAGGAAAGAAGUGGAUGAAUUCUUUGAGGUAUGCAAUGCAGACCCUUCCAAAAGGACUCCGCUUUCUAUUUUUGAAAUUGCGAGAAAGAUAUUAUUUGUGUUCAAGAGAGCAGAAGACCUGACGAGAUUUGAUAACCUUUGUCGUUGCAUCCUUGCUAGUAUGGAAGCUGAGAAUGAGAUCAAGAUGUGCUAUGUUACCCUAGCUUAUUCAAAAGAUUUCUCCCUCUUGUGGAUAAAGCAAGUGAAGGACAUACUUUGGAUCUGCUGUGAGUUACUCAAAAAACUGAAGCCUGAUAUUCUACAGGACAGUAAGCUCGUCACUUUGUAUCUUACAGUGUUGAUUAGUUUCACUGAUGCCACCAACUGGAAAACUGUACAACUGAAAGAAGGACUUCGGCCAGCAAUGAAUCGAAUUUGUGAAAAUGUAAUGGGCUACCUGAUUCAAAAAGGAUUUUAUUCUACCAUGCAGGUUUUGCUGACAAAUGGUCUGGCAGGAUCCAGACCAUCCCUGUCUAAAGCUGCUUUAUAUGCUACCUUCACUUUGGUGUUGCGUCCUGUAAUUGCCGCUCACUUCUCUGACAACCAACUGAGGUAUUUCCUGAUAAGUUUUAUGUCGGUCCCUGCUGUCAUUCACCAUCUAUACACACUAGCACCAGAGUGUCUGAUUAGCAUCCAGAUUCACGACCUCCUGCGGAAAUUCAUCAUUUACCUGAGCAGAGAAGAUCUGUGCAGUGAUAUCUGCACUUGUCUUGAAGGAAGCCACACUCUCUGCCUAUUAAGUAAUAUUGUUCACCUUGGAUUCCUGAAUGGGAAAAUCAUGGAGGAAGAAGUAAACCUUUUUGUAAAAGCUCUGACAGACAUGCUGUCCUACUGUCAAAUAUAUGUUUCCCAGAAGAAGUCCAAUCUAACCCACUGGCAUGCUGUUCUAGGCUGGUUUUCUCAGAAGGUUGACUAUAGUUUAAGAGAAUCUAUGCCAUUGGUAGCAAAACAGCUCCAGUACCUUUGGGGUGUUCCAAUCAUCCGGAUCCUUUUUAGUGAUGUUCUGAGCAAGAAGUUGGAGAGCCAGGAACCAGCACAGUCAUCAGCUCAUUCUUCAUCCUCACCAAACAACCUACCUGUGAAGAAUCUUUUCAAGCGGGCAUUUCAGAAAUCUGCAUCGGUUCGAAAUAUCCUAAAACCAAUUGGAGGGAAGAAAGUGGAUUCUGUGGAAGUGCAGAAGGUGUGCAGUAUCUGUGUGCUGUAUCAGACAGCACUAACUACUCUUACACAGAUUAAGCUACAAAUUCUUACAGGGUUGACAUAUUUGGAUGACCUGCUGCCUAAGCUUUGGGCCUUUAUCUGUGAAUUAGGACCCCAGGGAGGCCUGAAGCUCUUCUUAGAAUGCCUGAAUAAUGACAAUGAAGAGUCUAAGAGGCUCCUAGCCAUGCUCAUGCUCUUCUGUGACUGUUCUCGGCACCUGAUCACUAUUCUGGAUGAGAUUGAACUGUAUGAAGAGCAGAUUUCUUUUAAAAUGGAGGAACUGGUGACCAUCUCCUCUUUUCUGAACAGCUUUGUAUACAAAAUGAUCUGGGAUGGCAUUUUGGAGACCGCCAAAGGAGAGAAGCUAGAACUCUUCCAUUCUGUCCAUGGGUGGCUGAUGGUGCUUUAUGAGAGGGACUGUCGACGAAGAUUUGCUCCUGAGGAACACUGGCUGCGCAAGGACCUCAAACCCAGCAUUCUGUUCCAGGAGUUGGACAAAGGAAAGAAGCGAGCGCAUCAGCUGCUACAGUACAUCCCCCAUGUCAUUCCCCAUAAAAACAGAGUCUUACUUUUCCGUAACAACGUCACAAAGGAGAAGGAAUCCUUGGGACUAGUGGAAACAAGCUCAGCCUCUCCUAGCGUUACACACAUUACAAUUCGACGCUCCCGCAUGCUGGAGGAUGGUUAUGAACAACUACGAAAACUUCAAGCCAAAGCUAUAAAGGGGGUGAUCAGAGUGAAGUUUGUUAAUGACCUUGGGGUAGACGAGGCUGGGAUUGAUCAAGAUGGUGUCUUUAAAGAGUUUUUAGAAGAGAUCAUUAAGAAAGUCUUUAAUCCAGCUCUCAAUCUCUUCAAGACAACAAGCGGGGAUGAGAGACUGUAUCCUUCUCCUACCUCCAACAUCCAGGAGAAUCACCUGCAACUUUUUGAAUUUGUGGGAAAAAUGCUGGGUAAAGCCAUUUAUGAGGGAAUUGUGGUAGAUGUGCCUUUUGCCUCCUUCUUUUUGAGCCAAGUCCUAGGGCAUCAUCACAGUACCUUCUACAGCUCAAUAGAUGAGCUUCCAUCACUGGACUCUGAAUUCUAUAAAAAUUUGACUUCAAUCAAGCGUUAUGAUGGAGAUGUUAGUGACCUGGGUCUGACCUUGUCUUAUGAUGAAGAUGUCAUGGGCCAGCUCGUCUGCCAUGAGCUUAUUCCAGGAGGAAAAACUAUACCAGUCACAAAUGAGAACAAAAUCAGCUAUAUCCACCUUAUGGCCCAUUUUCGGAUGCGUACACAGAUUAAAGAACAGACCAAUGCCUUCAUCCAUGGCUUCCGCUGCAUCAUAAACCCUGAGUGGCUGCGUAUGUUUUCCACGCCUGAAAUGCAGCGGCUUAUCUCUGGGGACAAUGCAGAGAUUGACUUGGAAGACCUGAAGAAGCACACUGUUUAUUAUGGAGGAUUUCACAGCAGCCAUCGGGUAAUCGUCUGGUUGUGGGACAUCCUUGCUAAUGACUUUACACCAGAGGAAAGAGCCAUGUUUCUGAAGUUUGUCACCAGCUGCUCUAGACCUCCUCUACUAGGUUUCACCUACCUCAAGCCCCACUUCUCCAUUCGCUGCGUAGAAGUGUCUGAUGAUCAGGUCCUAUGAAAAGCUAAGAGAUGGGAGUGGAAACCAUAGGAUAUCAUGUGUCCCCAUCACGUGUCUUGGGUGCCAGGCUGGUAACCAAAGGGACAUCCUCUCCAUGCCAUAAAUAAGGAAAACAACAGACAGUAAAAUGCAGACUGUGGAGACUUAGAAAAUGACAACUGACUGUUUGAAGAUCAUGUGCAUGUUCUGCUCACUCCAUUACUUAAAAUGCUGGAAUUAAAGCAAGUGGCAUGAGUCUGCCCCCAUCCUUUGCAAGAAUGGAAAGCACCAGGGCCAAUCUGACAUUUUCUCUUGGUUCAAUUUCAAGUUGUCAUAUGCACAUGGUAUAAUGAAAUCUGCAUGUUCAUGUUUCCUUUAGACUAGGGCCAUUAUUAAAAUACCAACAAAACCAAUAAGACAGACAGAAAAAACAUCACUAAAACGAGUUGAAAUGAUUGAAGUGUUUAAAAUUAUAAAGGGCAUUAGUAUAGAGGUCCCAAGCUGUUAACUUAAAAUAAAUUCUGCAACAAGAACAGGGGAGACAUUUGGAAACGUAAAGGCAUAUUUUAUACAAAAGUUAGGUUUUUUCUCACACGAGGAACCAUAGACCCAUGGAAUAAAUGACCAAGUAGUAUGGACUCAACUUAAUGUUAUUUUGGACAGUCUAGGAGAAUAGGAUAGAUGAACUUGUGGGGCUGAAUGGUCUGUCCUUGUCACAGUUGUUCUAAUGUUCUAAUUAUACACUGAAUUCAACAUAUACCUGUAUAUACUAAAAAGUAUGCAUAUACAGUAUCUGUAUAUAUAAGAACAUGUAGUUGUCACUGUGAGCGGCCAUUGAGUAGCCUGAUGACUUGUAUGUUAUGCUGUCACUCAGUCCACCAUUCAUUCAUUUACUGAAUUCACCAUUGCAGCAAAGCAGGGUUCAUCCCUAGGCAGGAUGUCAUCAGUCCAUUGCUGGGGCAUUCUGUGUGCCCCUUAAUGGACUGGCCCAUUACCCUGGAUUGGUUUCAGGUCUAGGUGAUUGACUACAGUUCACCACAUCCCAGUAAUGGAAAAAGCUGAAUGAAAUAAAAGG